GAUCAAAUUGAUCUACCUGGAGGCCCUACGGGGAGAUUCGCCUAUACUAGGAGAGAGCCGCUUGGAGUUGUUGGUUGUAUCGGGGCAUGGAAUUAUCCUCUUCAAACCUGCGUGUGGAAGGUAGCCCCUGCCUUGGCUGCUGGCAAUGCUGUAGUCUAUAAACCUUCCCCGUUCGCACCUGCUUCACCAGUGCUCCUGGGCGAAAUUCUUGCUGCCGCAGGAAUCCCUGAGGGUGUUUAUAAUGUAGUACAGGGAGAGGCCGAGACUGGCAAACUUCUAUGUCUUCAUCCACUUAUCCGCAAGCUUUCUUUCACUGGAUCAGUCGCUGGAGGAAUGGGCGUUCAGCGCCAAGCAGCAACUGAUAAUGUGAAACCAGUGACGCUUGAGUUGGGAGGAAAAUCUGAACUGAUUAUCUUUGAUGAUACGGAUAUCAAAAGCGCUGUAGCGGGGACUAUGUUGGCCAAUUUUCUCAAUCAAGGCCAAGUAUGCACAAACGCCACACGUGUCUUCGUUCAAAGAGGCAUCCUUGAAGCUUUUACAGCUGAACUAGAAUGCGACGAAAAACUCAAAGUUGGCGACCCACUGAAAGAAGAUACGAGAGUUGGCGCUAACAUCAAUGAGCUUCAUCUGAACAAGAUUUUGGACUUCAUUGAGAGCGCCAAACAAGAGGGUGGACAAGUUCUGCGAGGUGGAAAACGAGUUCAUCCUGAUGGCGUUGAAAAUGGUUUCUAUCUCGAGCCGGCUGUGAUCCUUGGAUUGAAAAUUUUUGGUGCAGUUUGUCUGCUGCUUCCGUUUGACACAGAAGAGGAAGUGCUACAAAGGGCGAAUGAGACUGAAUAUGGUUUAGCAGCUGGUGUUUUUUCGAAGAAUUUAGCGCGAUGCCACCGAAUCGCUGCUAGACUACAGGCUGGAACUGUUUUCAUCAACACUUAUAACGACACAGAGGUGAAUGUGCCCUUCGGUGGCUAUAAAAAUUCUGGACAUGGUCGUGAGAACUGUCUGGACACACUUCGAGCUUACAGUCAGAUCAAAGCCAUCUACGUCAAUAUUCAAGACACAACAGAACACUGCUUCUAACA